AAACAAUUGGGAAUCUAUUGGAAGAUAACGUGGAAAUACACGUCACCCAUCAUUCUGUCCCUCAUUUUUGUUUAUUCGCUCAUUAAUUUUGAGCCCUUAAAAUAUGGCGAAUAUGAUUACCCCGAUUGGGCGGAUGCAGCGGGAAUCUGUCUCACCUUGCUCAUUGUACUACAAGUGCCCAUUUGGGCCAUUUAUGCCAUUUAUAAGCAAAAUAAAGGACAGAAUCUAAAAGAAAGACUUGAAUUGUCGUGUAUUGAUUCGGACAACUGGGGGCCUAAAGAUAAGGCUCUUAGAAAUGAAUGGCGAACUCAAUAUGCAAACUGUCUGUCAUUUCGAGGCCAUGACUCGAGUCCAUACAAAGAACCGGCAGUUUUGAUGAAAUGCCAGACAAUAGACAAGACAACUAUAAGCGCCGACAAUCCGGCCUUUAUUCCCGACAUUCCUUAACUUAUAUAUCAUGUGAUCAUAUAAUAUGAAUUCAUUUAAAGCACAU